CGACGACGCUUCACUCGCGUAUCUAUCUCCUUGCGAACACAAACAUACUCAGGUAUAGAGUGACCUCAUACAUUCAAGAAAGUCUUCCUUCCCAAUCAAGAAAAACAUGUCUCCACCAUCUGCAGAUGUCGGCCUCUCGUUCAACAACCCUGUCACGCCCAUAGUGUCAAAAGGAGCUAGCAGCACAUCACGCCUCACAGUCCCUCUGACCUACUCGGGCACUCUAGACGAGUACAACCAAUUUGAUGUCACUUCAGUGAUCGGUCGAGAGUUUCCAGACCUCCAAAUUAGCGAAAUUAUCCACGAUGAAAACAAGAUCCGUGACCUGGCUAUCCUUGUAUCCCAACGCGGGGUCCUCUUCUUCCGCAACCAGGACCUCACCAUCGACGACCAGAAAACCCUCGGCCAGAAACUGGGCGAGCUGACGGGCAAGCCUGAGAGCUCCAAACUGCACCGCCAUGCGCUGAUCAACAGCAAGCGAGGCAUCGCCGUUGACGAGAAUGGAAAGUUGGACGAUGAGGUCUCGGUCAUUUCUUCCGAGCAGAACCGCAAGUUCUACAAGGAUCGCUUCUCGCCGCUGUCGAAGAAACUUGCGAGUCUUGGGUGGCAUGCCGACAUCACCUUCGAGCGAGUCCCCUCGGACUACGCCAUCCUGAAGAUCGUCCAGCCUCCCGAAGAUGCAGGCGGUGACACCCUGUGGGCGUCUGGAUACGAGGCGUACGACCGUCUCUCGCCGUCAUUCCAGAAGCUUGCUGAGGGUCUGGCGGCUACGCACUACCAGCCGGCUUUUGUCGAGGUCAUGAAAGAGUUUGGAGAAGACCUUAUUGAUCAGAAUCGUGGUUCGCCCGAGAAUACAGGAUUGGAUUUCGAGGCUGAGCAUCCUGUCGUCCGAACUAACCCGGUCACUGGGUGGAAGAGCCUGUUUGGUGCUGCCUAUCAGGUACAUGCUGGUUGGUACAAUGGGGUGACUGAGAGGGAAAGCGAUAUUAUCAAGGCCUAUUUCAACCAGAUCAUCCACGAGAACCACGAUCUGCAAGUCAGAUUCCGCUGGAACAAGAACGACCUUGCCAUCUGGGACAAUCGCUCCGUGUUCCAUACUGGCACAAACGACUACUCAGGAAAUCGACAGGGUAAUCGCGUAGUGUCAUUGGGAGAGAAGCCCUACUUUGAUCCGCGUUCGGUCUCACGCCGUGAAGCUCUGGGACAACUGUAGUAAUAGGUCAAAAUCUGACUAGUUAUGGGAUGGUCUAAUAAUGUCGGCUUAGUAGUACGUGGUUUGGCUGGAACUACCUUAAUUGGCUAGGUACUUUUCGUAAUGAACGCUUUCGAGUAGGUUUGUAAAUCAUCUGAGCGUC